AGGAAUUUAGUUUCCCAACAAUAGUUGUUAGUUUUGGAGCCGAAAGAUAUCGGUACUAUCUAGGUAGCCACUGCACACGGAUAGUUGAGGUCGCCUUGAAUUCUGAAAUGCUACGUUUUCGACGACUGGUGGCUAUCAAUUGCUGCUCAAGUACUGCCAAAUUAACCAUCACAUUGGGCUUAACUGUGCUGCUGGUAGGCCUAUACCGAAUCUGGAACACAGCUCCCUAUUACCGAUGCUCUUUUCUGCACAAAUCCGAGGUUUCCAGGAGACCAUUCACGUCAGUGGAAGGAAAUCAGACACCAAUUGUCGCGCCUGAAACCAAGCAUGGGGAAAAAACUCGGAUUGCUUACAUUAAAGUGCACAAAACAGCCAGCACUACAAUCGCCGCCUUAAUCCAGCGUUAUGGCUUGAACCAUCGUUUGACGUUUGCCCUGCCUCUGCCGAAAAGCCUGUAUCACAUCGGGUUUUAUCAAACGUUUGAUCCUGUGAAUGUGAGGCCACUGCCGAAGGGAAAGGUUUACGAAGCUCUCUGCCAACAUGUUGUCUACAAUAGAACGGCUUUCCGGAAAUACAUGCCUAAAGACAUGAGAAUCAUUGCCUCUGUACGCGAACCAUUUGAUAGGUCUGUGUCUGCUUUUAAUUAUUUCAAGGCAUACAGUAAAUCCGUUAGUUCCAAAGCAAAUAUAUCCGGCAACGCAGUCACUUUGAUAAGAGAAUUUUUCAAGAAACCUAACUAUUACGAACCAUCGAUUUAUACACGAGGGUCUUUGGUAAUGAAUCGUAUGGCUUUUGACCUGGGAAUUCCGAGAGCGCAGUACUUCAACGCUACAUACGUGGACGAGUAUAUUCAACAGUUGGACGAGGAUAUGGCUGUUGUUCUCAUAGCUGAGUACAUCGACCAGUCUUUAGUACUUUUGAAACGAAUAAUGGGCUGGUCGACUGAAGACAUUUUGUACACCGUUCGUCAUAAAGGGAAAACCAAACCCCAAUUUCCAAAUGAUCUCAGAAUUGCUCAUCGAAAGCUGGCUCCAGCUGAAUACCAAAUAUACGACUAUUUUCUCAAGAAGUUUAACAUAAGUUAUUCAAAAGAGGCAGAAAUUGAACAGGAAGUGCGCGUGUUCAAAGACACACUUCAUCGAGUUAAAACAUUUUGCUUAUCGAAAAAGCAGGAGCUAAUGGUACCUCCCACAAAGUUUGAUAAAGGAUUCAAUUUUACAAGAACUGAUUGUUAUUUCAUGAACCUGGAAGAAACGGCCUUUGUGACCUUUCUGAGUAAAUUGCAAAACCCACAGGUUUGAAUGUAUAGUGUGCCUGACGUUUGGUCACACUUAUCAAGCGAAGGAAAUUUGAGGCACCGCGAUGUAGCAGGGUAUUUGUUCUUUACGCUCUAUUUUAUAAUAUUAUAAUUAGUUGGGAUUGCCCUGUGCAAAAGUCUUACAGUUUUGUAUAAUAAAAGCUUUGGAAGA